AUGAUCAUCCAGAAUCUCAUGCGCAUGGAUCCUCAACAGAGAAACGCGGUGAUAAUGAAAAACCCGCAGUUACAGAUGUUCCUUCAACACUACGAACAACAAAGGAACGCAGCUCUCCAACAACCAAUGAACCCGCAAAUGCAAGCAAAGAUGAUACAACAACAACAACAGAGACAGAUCCAGCAGCAGAGACAGCAGAUGUCGGGCCAUAUUCCGGGCCAGAUUCCUGGCCAAAUGCCGGGCCAAGUGCCUCAACCCCAAGUUGGCCAGAAAAAACCGAGUCUCCAACAACAACAACAACCUAAACGCAUGGUUCGCAAAAGAAGUUCUGUUAAGGACCCAUUAGAUACUUCUGGAUCCGCAGAAAGCCCAAUGAUACCCCAGGGAGUCCCAUCGGUGCCGCCGGGGCCCAACAUGCCGUUCCCUCCUAAUCGUGUCCAGUCCGAGAUACCACCGGGGGUUCCAGGCUCGCAGCAACAGAUUCCAAUUCCUUUGCCGGAGAGGCUCCAGGACGUUCACAAAUGGUCCAAGGAGCUGGAAGAGGAGGGUAAAGAGGUGCCUACGUCGAUUCGCGUGUACGAACAGAUGAUAGACCGCGACCUGGAUUACGGCCAUCGGAGUGUUGCCGAGUCAAAGAAACCGUUCAACGCAGAACUGCUCAAGAGCAUGUCCCGCGACCUCAAGUACUAUCAGACGGUUAGAGACUCGCGGCUCAAGGCAAUUGGGCUCUCUGACGCCGGAAAAAACAUUGAAAGCAUUUGGGGUGACGGUUAUUCUGGCUAUGGAAAUGGUUUCAGUGCAGGCAAGACCCGGCUGGUGUUUCCAAAGAACAGAAAAAGACAUUCCCGCGUUCCUGAGGAUUACAUUCCUCCGGAGGCGUACGAAAAGCAGGCUGUUAAGCCUGACGAGCUGGUUCCUAUUCGUCUUGAGUUUGACGUUGAUAGAGACUCGUUCAAAUUGAACGAUACAUUCCUGUGGAACUUGAAUGAAGGUGUUAUCACAGUGGAGAGGUUUGCUCAGAUAUUAAUGGAGGAUUAUCGAUUCCCGAACGGCCAGGGCCACAAUUUGGAGAAAAUCGUGAGCAGCAUCAAAGAGCAAAUCAGCGAGUAUCAUCCAAUGGUGUAUGGAGACUUCAAAGGUUCUGACAUGCGACUACCGAUAUUUCUGGACAUAACCAUCGGCAAUAACCAUCUGGUUGACAAGUUUGAUUGGGAUAUUGCAAACUCGGAAAACGAUUAUGAAGAAUUUGCUCGAGUCAUGUGCGACGAAAUGGCUCUACCUAAUGCGUUUGUGACGGCCAUUUCGCACUCGAUCAGGGAACAGUGCCAGAUUUACGUGAAGUCGCUAUUUUCCAUUGGAUACAAGUUUGACGGGUCUGCGGUGACCAGUGAGGAGUUCAAGGACGUUAUUCGGUCGUCUCUGGACGCCCAGUCGGUGAUCCGGCCCCGCACACAAUUGCAGGAGUACACGCCUUCUUUGCAAGAGGUUUCGUUUGAUACUCUGGAGAAACUUACUAAAGAAAGAGAAAGAGAGUCUCGUCGUAAGAAAAGAGGCCAGACCCGUGUGGGGAGAAGAGGGGGAGUGGUUAUGCCGGAUUUGCACGAUUUACCAAAGACGUACCGGACCCCUGUUCCAUCGACUGUUCUACCCUCUGGAAUUGACUUGGGUCCUCCAGUGGAUAGCUACAUGGACUUCCCGUUGCAGGUGGAGGUUCCGGAGAAACAGCUGCGUGAUCUGGAACAACAUCGUGCGAGGGAACGUGCGGUUGCCAGCGGAAGCGAGUACGAUGGGACGGUUACAGGCUCGAACGGUGUGAGCUACCAGAUAGAUUCUCACCGGGCGAUGGUCAGAAUCAGAUUAAAUAACUAG